AUGCGCGGCCUCGCGCAGGCUCUGCUGCUCGCGCCCGCCGCCCUCGUGGGAGCCGCUCCCUCCAAGAUCGCCGUGGAAAAGGCCCAAGCUGCCUCGCCCUCGACCUUCGUCACCUUUGACAUCCCACGUUUCAACCAUGACCAGCCCACGCCCUACACCAUCCGCCUCCAUGUCCUCGAGGCCCCCGAGCCCUGCGCCUACCCGAGUGUAAAGGUCAACGACAGCCCCCUCGGCGGCCACACCCUCGGCCGCGCCACCUUCGCCGGCGGCCACGACGGCACCACCUUCGUCGCCUCCUGGUCCUCCACGUGCGCCGGCGACGAGCAGCUCCUCCGUUUCGCCCUCGAGUCCGUCGCCGGCCGCGCCCUCGCCCCCGACGCCGCCUUCGUCGUCCGCUUCCGCCAGACCGCCCCGGCCGCCAUCCUCGAGGUGGCCGGCAACGUCCGCCUCGAGGACCAGCCCGAGCCCCUGCCCGGCUUCGACCGCCACGACCCCAGGCCCGGCGACGACGGGGACCGCCUGCCCGGGGAACCGCCCUUCCCCCGCCCCCUCACCACCGCCCACCGCCCCGCGCCGCCCCCCGGCCGUCACAUGUCCCCCGAGGAGGAGGAGCACGUCCGCGUCAAGCUGCACGAGCUGGACUGCCUCCGCCACCAGCUCUUCGCCCUCAGGCACGCCAUCCACGCCAAGGAGUCCCACCUCGCCCAGGAGCACGGCAUCAUCCCGCUGCACCGCCACCGCCGCCCUUCCCGGGACUGCGACUCGUUCAGCUGCGUCUUCGAGGUCUUUGUGCGCCAUCUCCGCGCCAGGCUCCGCGGCGAGGACACCGGCAAGGGCCGUCAUCACCGCCACCACCAACACCACCACCAACACGGCGACCACCACGGCGCUCCCCCGGCCUCGUGCCCCGGCUUCCCGUUUCCCGGGCACGGGAAUGGGAAUCACACUCUCCCGCCCCCGCCCCCGCCUCCGCCUCCGGGAUCUUGUCACUGCCCGCCGCCUCCUCCACCUGAUGGACCCCCUGAGGGGCCUCCCCCGCCUCCUCCCUUCCAUGAGCCUCACCGCGGGCCUCCGGGACACCACGAAGGGCCUCCUGGACACCACGAAGGACCUCCCCCGCCUCCUCCCUUCCAUGAGCCACACCGCGGGCCUCCCGGACACCACGAAGGACCACCUCCCCCCCCCUCCCCCCUCCUCCCCACCCCUUUGACUGGCCGUUCCACGGCCCUCCUCCUCCUCCUCCUCCUCCUCCUCCCCCCAGGCUUCGACGACCACGGCCUGCCCCUCGCCGUGAAGGAGGAGAAGCGCGCCUUCCUAUCCGGCGUCAACGCCGGGAGCGCCCUUCCCCGGCGCUCCUCCAUCUCGUCGGACGAGGGCGACGACGACGACGACGACGACGAUUUCGAAACCACGGAGAGCAUGACGUCCGAGAUCACGCAGUUCCGCAACGCCGCGACGCUCGUCACGGAUAUGGUCGCCGCCGAGGAGCGGAGGCAGAGGAUGCGCGAGCAACAACAGCAGCAGCAACAGCCAAUGUGCUGCCCCCCUCGCCGCGAGUGCCCCGGUGCCGUCGCGGCCCCUCCCCGCCCGGCGGCCGCCUUCACAGAGUACAUGGACGACGACAUGCUCCCCGCGUACGACGACCACGCCCCCUCGGUGGUCAUCUCGGACGGCUUCAGCAGCUACUCGCCCGGCUCGUCCGAGUACGUGCCCAGUGUGUCGUCGGACACGGCGUCCAACAUUGACAGCGUCCUGGGAGACCCCAAGAACUGA